CACUGAAGCUGACACUGAGAAGAAAGAAGAUAAUCCUGCAGAAGAUCAUUUUUACCAUUUUCAUCAUCUCAACCAUGAAGGUGCUGAUUGUGUCUCUACUGGUCUGUGCCAUGAUGGCUCUGACCACAGCUGCUGAAGCAGAGCCGGGUCAGAAGAUAGAACCACUCGUUCAGGAAGGGAAAAGUCACAUCGUCAAGAGGUCUUCAUCUUGUCCCAGAGGUUGGACUCGCUACAACGGUCGCUGUUUCCUCUACAUUCCAAAAGCCAUGACGUGGUCUAAUGCUGAGAGAAACUGUCAGUCCCUGGGUGGGAACCUUGCAUCAGUUCAUAACAUACAUGAAUACCAUGAGAUUCAGAGCCUGAUAGUGAAAACCAGUUAUGAGCAUAAAGCAGCAUGGAUUGGAGGCUCCAAUGCCCAACAGAAGAAUAUUUGGCUGUGGAGUGAUAGUUCACGUUUCACCUACGUGAACUGGUGUCGUGGAGAGCCCAACAACUUUUUUGGCAGCCAGAACUGUAUACAAAUGAACUAUGGAGGCAGAAAAUGCUGGGAUGAUGCCAAGUGUACUGUCCGUCGCCCAUUUGUCUGCAGCAAGAAAAUCAGAUGAUUCCUGGGCUGACGCAGAGGCAUCAAGUACCUGUGGAGAGCACUAAUACGUUUUUUGUGUUAUCAAUCUCGUAUACUGUAUAUAACCUAAAGGCUUUAUAUCUCAUUUCAUAUCUUUGUCUUUUCUAUCGCUGUAACGCUACCAAAGGAUUGAAGAGACAAGUGACAUACAGGAGCUGGAUUGUCUCUUAGGCCUAAGAGCAGACUGAACGAGUUAUGAAAAUAAUGCUUUUAGCAAAACUUUAUUCUGUCUGGAGAGUGAACUGGUCUUUCUUGU